AUAGCUCUUAAAAACCCGGUACAAUCAGCUGUACUCCUCUUCAGAGGGAGGACUAUCCAUCUCUAGUAGUUCAUAAGUAGAGUCUGCAUUAUCAUCUGCUUCAGGUCCCCCCUUGGUUCAAUCGCGGAGUAGUUAUGGCCCAAAAACCAUGUCCCAACUCCUCCGCAUUGCUGCUUUUGCUCUUGGUCAUCUUCUAUUCUUGCCUUGUCCAAGCUUCUGGCGGCAUUUCGACCGCAGAAACAGGCCGAGAGGCACUUGAAAUAGUAAUUGGCGGCGGCGGCGGCUACCCACCGGCUCCUGCCCCAGAGAAUGGGUAUUGCCCUCCUCCCCCUCCCCCUCUAGAGCCUGAAUGCCCACCACCUCCGCCUCCGCCUCCGCCACCGCCGCCGCCGCCGCCGCCGCCGCCCCCAAUAAGCCCGAGGCUGCUACUAGUGAAGAAGCCAAUACAGAGGUUCAAGAGGCGGAUAAGCAAAGGCAGGUGCGACCCUAAGAAAGUCACUGCGACCUGGAAAGGCGAUAACGUCUGCAAGUACACAGGCUUUGCCUGUGCAAUUGUACCUGGCUACAAUGAGUUGGGUCUCGCUGGUGCCGACUUCAAUCGCUUCGGUUUCUGCAAUGACAAGGGACGGCUCAGAAUCGACAACUUCAUUGAGGAACUACCAGAUCUGGUAUUCUUUCAUGCAAACUCCAAUAACGUCACCGGUGGCAUCCCCCUCAACAUUUCCACGAUCAAGUAUUUCUACGAGCUCGACUUGAGCAACAACAAGCUAAAAGGAGCAUUCCCAUUGCAAGUUCUAGGCGCUAUCAAUCUCACUUUCUUAGAUCUCAGGUUCAACUCCCUGACUGGACCGAUACCACCGCAAGUAUUCACUUUGGACCUCGAAGUUCUCUUCCUCAACAACAACUUCUUCACAGGAACGAUUCCGAAAAAUCUUGGCCAAACACCCGUAAGUUAUCUCACCCUAGCCAACAACAAGUUCACAGGCCCAAUUCCUCGGAGCAUCGGGCAAACUUCAAAGACCUUGCUAGAGGUGCUGUUCCUGAAUAACCAAUUAUCGGGUUGCCUUCCAUAUGAAAUAGGACUCUUGAAGAAAACAACUACUUUCGACGCCAGUAUCAAUCAGUUGACUGGUCCAAUACCACUUUCCUUCGGCUGUCUGCAGCAGAUGUAUCAGCUAAACUUGUCAAGUAACCAUUUAUAUGGGCCAGUACCUGAGACGGUGUGCUCGCUGCCGAAGCUGAAAGCUCUAACACUGAACAACAAUUACUUCACACAGGUUGGGCCGAAAUGCAGGAAGUUGAUCAAGAAGAAAAAGCUCGAUGUAAGGAUGAACUGCAUUUCAGAUCUUCCGUCACAGAGAUCUCCAGCGGAAUGUGCUGCCUUCUUCGCCAAGCAGAUAAAGUGCCCGAAUGAGAGGUCAUUGAGUUAUGUACCCUGCAAGAUUAGUCAGUCAGUUGCUGAAGACACCUCCAAAGGGUCAUUGACACCUGAGAUUGCUCCAGCACCAUCACCUGCUUAUGCGGCACUGAAUAGGCACCAAUAGCAAGUGAAAUUAUCAGAUAGGGCUAAAGCAAUUGUAAUGUGGCUUCCGCCAGAAAAAUAAUGGGGCACAACAGCUUUCUGUACUUAAUUUUUAGUAUUUGCAUCAUCUAUUAUGACUGCAAGCAUGUUAGUUUUCAAGAA